AGCCUCGAAUCCCUAACUCUUUCCUCAUCUUACAGGUGAGCCUUGGCAAUACUUGGGAAACCAGAGCUCCUGAAUGCACGACUGUUCUCUGGGAUUAGAAGAAAGCCAUGGGAAAAGACAAGAAAGGAGAUGAGGCUGUCUUCCUGAGGAAAAAGAUAACUUUGUUGAGGGCUUUCUCGCUCCUCAUUGGCAGCAUGGUUGGCAGCGGCAUCUUCAUCUCCCCUACGGGAGUACUGAAAAACUCUGGCAGCGUGGGUUUCUCCCUGGUUGUCUGGUUUGCUUGUGGGCUCCUCUCAAUGUUUGGUGCCUUGUCUUAUGCAGAGCUUGGAACAAGAAUCACCAAAUCUGGAGGACACUAUAUCUACAUUUUGGAGACACUAGGGCCCCUGCCAAGUUUCUUAUUCCUGUGGGCAGAGUUUUUUGCUAUCAGGCCUGCCAACAGUGCUGUGGUUGCUCUGGCUUUUGGACGCUACUUGCUGGAACCAUUUUUUGCCCCUUGUGCAGCCCCUGUCCCUGCUGUGAAGCUGGUGUCUCUCCUCGGGUACUACAUGGUCCUCACCCUCAAUUCCUGGAGUGUCACCUGGAGCGCCCGGCUGCAGACGGCUCUCUCUGUUGUCAAACUCCUGGCUCUUGCACUUAUCAUCGUACCGGGGAUGAUGCUGUUGGCCCAGGGCCACACUGAAAACUUCCAGGACGCUUUUGACAGACAGUCUCUGGUGUUGCAUAAGCUGCCCCUGGCAUUUUAUGCAGGCAUGUUCGCAUAUUCAGGCUGGUUUCAGACCAGUUUUGUGCGUGAAGAGUUGGUCAGACCUGAACGAAAUAUCCCCCUGGCUGUCAUUGUGUCUGUGAUUACAGUAAUUGUAGGCUACACGCUCACCAACGUCUCCUAUUACACGGUCCUGGGAAGGCAAGAUGUUCUGGCCUCUCCUGCUGUGGCGGUGAGCUUUGUUCAGCGAGCCUUCAAAAGCCUGAUAUCCGUGGUCCCUGUCCUUGUUGCACUGUCCUGCUUUGGAACCAUGAAUGGAGGGAUCCUCACGUUUUCAAGGACUCUGUUUGUGGCUUCUAGGGAAGGACAGUGGCCUCCUCUCUUCUCCAUGAUCCACAUUCGAAGGCAUACACCUCUUCCUUCUGUCAUGUUAAUGUUCCCUUUGGUUACUGCCAUGGUGUGUGUUGGAGAUAUCUACCAUCUGUUGAACUUCUUCAGCUUUUCCCGAUGGCUCUUCAUAGGAUUAGCCACCCUCGGACUCAUCGUCCAUCGCCACCGUCACCCAGAGCUGCACAGCCCCUUCAAGGUUCCCCUGUUUGUUCCUGUCUCUUUUACCAUCAUCUGCCUCUUCACAGUGGCAAUGUCUUUCUACUCAGACCCUGUGAGCAUUGGCAUUGGAUGCAUGGUGGUUUUAAGUGGUUUCCCGGUCUACUACCUCAUAAUCCAUAGGCAAAUGUCAAGCCGUUGCCGCAGCCUGUUUUGUAAAUUAUCUUACACACAAACUGCAGUUACUGCUGGAAGUCGUCCAACAAGAAAUCAAGACUUACUGAGAAAACUUACUGAGCACUUACAGAAGAGAAAAGCUGCUUACUCCAUUUCUGACACCUUUGACUCUACCAAAAGCAGGCUUUGCUCUUAUUUUGUUUUUAAUUGCUGAAAAUGAAGAUGAGCCUGAGCCAAAGCCUUUCUGCAAGUGUUCCUAAAUUUGCCAAUCCGGAUUAGGAUAAGCAUGUUGCAUGUGUUUCUGCCCUGUUUAUUUCUAGCAGAACAAUCUACUUCUCUGAAACAAGCUUGCUUUUCCUGCAGUGUCUUUAAAAACCAAGAUCCUAAUUUUUCAGCCUAGCCCAGUUCUCAGUCAAGUUGGGGGUGUGGGUGUGUAUAACACUUCUCCUAUGGAGAAACACUAAGAGAGUUGGGGUCAUUCAUCCUGAAGAAGGCUCCAGGGAAGCCUUACUGAAGCCUUGUGGUAUAUAGGGGGAGCCUUUAAGAGAGAGGGGCCCAAACUUUUUAGCAGUGACUGUUAUGACAGGACAAGGGGUAAUGGUUUUAAACUGAAAGAGGGUGGCUUUAAUCUAGAUAUAAGGGAGAAACUUUUUACAAUGAGGCUUUCAAAACACAGGAACAGGUUGCCCAGAGAGGUGGUAGAAGCCUCAUCCUUAGAAAUAUUCAAGGCCAGGUUAGACAGGGCUCUGAGCAACCUGAUCUAAUUAGAGAUGUCUCUGCUCACUGCAGAGGGGUUGGACUAGGUGACCUCUAAAGGUCCCUUCUGACCCAAACCAUUCUAUUAUUCUGUUAUAUGCGUAUAUAUAUAUAUGCACACAUGUACAUUAUUUUUUUGUUUCCUAACUUGGCAUAUAGAGAAACAGAUGAAGGGAGCAUGUAGCAGCAUAUGGAAGCCAAACGCAGUUUGCAAACUGUUGUAGUAGCCCUGCUGUGGACAAACAUUAGAAAGUGGAAAGGGUGAAGAUAGCAAGUAAGAAAUAAGGUAGCUGAAUUGGAAAGAAGGACACGGGGAUAAAACUUCAUUCAUCAGAAAAUCCACAUUCAGGUUAAUUAGAAUAUAUUUGAAGCCCCUUGGAAAUUCAAAUGUCAGCAAAGUUUAGCUUUAAUUAUUGUAUCAGCAGAAUAAGUUUGUUUUACUUUGUAACAGUAUGUCAGAUUUGAAUUGUAUUUUUCUGAAAUGAUAUUUAAAAAUGUACAAAAACAUAAAAGCAA